GUUCCAUGUGCUGUUUUCUCCCUUGGGAAGGAUCAUCCUUGCUCCGUUUGUGCGUAGCUAGACCUGAAUACCUAAUCAGAUUAACCUUUACCCCUUCCUCUUACCCCAAAAAAGCUCCGACUGACGUGCGAUCUGCUCAAACUCUCAACCAACUCCAAAUCAACUUCACCCCUUCACAACGUCACACCGACUUAAUCCCGUGCAUAUCGAAAGAGAGGGAGAAAGUCAGCAACUCCAGCCGCAACUAAAUCCAUCCAUCACCACCACAUUCGUAUAUCGUAGCGUCACACGGUCAUCUAUAACCAAAAUGAAGAUCAAAGCACUCAACGUCUACCCCAUUAAGGCUCUCCGCCCAAUCCACCUUACCGAGGCAACCCUCACCCCGCAAGGCAUCCUUCACGACAGGACCUACAUGCUCUUCAAAGUCAACCCGGACUCGACCCUCCGCAAGAUGCAACUCUCCACCUUCCCCCAGUGCGCUCUCUUCUCCCAGGAGAUCGUCGGCUCUCCCGACGAGGACGGCGGCGAAGAGAUUCUGGUAAAGUACAACAUUCCAACCCCGCCUCUCAUCGACCACCACCUCCUUCAGGAUACGACCCUUUCGGUGCCUCUCGUCCCGAAUACAUCGUCUCUGGAACCUAUUUCCGUCGACCUUCACGGAAGUCCAGCCGAGGCACUCCGCAUGGGGGAGCCAUACGACGCCUUCUUCUCCGCUUGCUUCGGCUUCCCCACCAUCCUGGUCCACAUCGGCACCGGACGCCGCCGUGUCCUCGGCACCCUCGCCCCAGGGUCGUCCUCCAAGCAGCAACAGCAGCAGCAGCAGCAGUCGUCCUCUCUGUUCUCAUCGAUCACGUCGUAUCUCCCCUCCCUCUCGUCUCUAUCCAAGUCUGAAGAUGAAGAACAAGCCUGGCUCACCUUCACCGACUGCGCCCCUUACCUCAUCACAUCAGAUUCCUCCCUAUCUUACCCAUCCCUGACCUCCUUUCAGAACCCGGAUGCCCCAUCCACCAUCAUGCCCAAGAUGCGCCCCAACAUUGUCGUAGAAGAUUCCUCCGAGGCACCCUUCGCCGAGGACUUUUGGGCGGAGCUGUCCCUCCCUGCCUCCUCUGACGCCAAGCUCCUCCUGACGGCCAACUGCGGUCGCUGCACCUCUCUUAACGUCGACUAUGACCUCGGCCGCGCAGCUCCCGGACCCGAGGGGAAGCUCCUCAACACACUGAUGAAGGACCGCCGCGUCGACCCGGGUCACAAAUACGCACCCGUCUUUGGCCGGUACGCCUUUCUUGAAGUUCCUUCCGUGGGAGACGGGUCUCUGGCCGGAGAUGGAACUGUCCAAAUCCGCGUGGGCGACCAAGUCGUCGUCACCCGACGCAACACCGAGAGGACAGUCUUUGACUGGGACAUACCGGCUCCCGCCGCAAAGAAGACCGUUGCUGUUGCAUAAAGGGUCCAUAUGCGCAGAUCAGAUUUCCUGAUGUUGGUGGUUACAGCCCACUUCCCAUCCACAUCAUUCUCCCCUCCCCACUUGGGCAGCCAUCUUUCUAGUUUCCCACUUUUCCUGCUCUAGACUAUAAUAGGCAACUUUCUUCACAAGACGGCCAAAACACAUGUCAUUUCUCACGAUUCCCACAUGUCCAAAAGGGGAAGAGAAGGAAAAGACAAAAUACCGCGGAAAACAGGUAGCAUUCUAGAUGGAGUCAAGUCGUUUGGCCGCACCGUUGGCUGCACCACGAACCAGAAAAAGGAAACCGAGCACAC